AAAUUAGGGUUAUUAGUUGAAUUAGGUGAAAUGAAAUGGUAUGUCCCAUGCAUGAACAAAAAGUCUUUUCCUUCAAAUCACUUUAAAUCGUAUCCUGCUUCAUCGAUCCUUUGUUACACCUUUCAAUUCCUCCCAGCGGGAAUUUUCCAUCGGCUUGUUACUACCUGUUUGCAAAUACCUUCAAGUUGGAAGUUUGCUGCUAGUAAAAAAGGACCAUUUAUUUACUGAAAUGUAGCUGUAUUCAUAUUCGAUAACCAUAACAUUUUGCUCAGAAUGACUCAGACAGAAAUUCAGCUACAGGUAUUUGUUAUUGAAGGAGAAGUUGAAACAUCAAAAUGUCAAGAAAUAAAGAAAAAAAUUGACGAAAUGUUAAACGUUCUCUCCAGAACAUUCCCAGCUGACUUAAAGUUUCAGCUGGCGUUUAAAUGCAAAGCUACCGGAUUUUGUGAUGACAAAGAAAGCAGUGUGAUUAAAGAAUCUGACUUUAUAGCAUCAAGUUUCCAGUGCGUGUUAUGUCCAGAGGAGAAGAUGCAUUUCAUAAACACACAAGCCAUCACAAAAUACUGGAAACAGGUACCUGCAGAUGAAUUUCAGAUAUCUAAACAUGAGAAUGGGUGUAAGGACUUAAUUUCAGAGGGAAACUGUGGAAGCACAGCAUAAAAAAUUUACUUGAAACAGGUUUCUUAAUGUUAU